UAAACGUCGAUUUUGCUGCAUGCGAAAUAGCUUUUAUUAGGUUAGACUAUGCCGAAGCUUUAAAAUUGGAUUAUAUUUAUCAAACACGAAUUUAUUGUUGAAGAUUUGUUCACAUCGACAUGGCUGGGAAACAAGGAAAAGAUUUGGCAUUAUCAAUAUUAAGAGUGUUACCUAGAGUGUCAUUAGGGAACAUCCGAAAUAAUCCCGGCUCAAAUAAACCAUCGAAACGAGGUAGAGGUCAACAUGGUGGUAAUAAGCAUGGUGCUGGAAAUAAGGGUUCCGGACAGAGACAAAAUUAUAUGCGUUUGGGUUAUGAAACUGGUAAUACUCCCUUUUACCUAAGAUUCAGCAGAGAACCUUAUUAUAAAGGACAUCACCUGAGGCGAGAAUAUCCACCACUUUCUUUGCAAAAAUUACAGAUGUUUAUUGACACAAAUCGACUAGAUAUUAGUAAACCAAUCGAUCUAAUUUCAUUGAUAAAUACUGGUCUAUACAAUAUCAAUGUACACUGGAAGCACGCUGGUGUUCAUUUGACAGAUGAGGGUGUACAUUAUUUUAAAGCUAAAGUGAAUAUAGAAGUGCAGUGGGCUAGCGAGCCUGUAAUUGCAGCGAUCGAAAGAAACGGCGGUGUUAUUACAACUGCGUAUUAUGACACAAACUGUCUUCAUGCCAUAUGCAAUACAGAACAGUUCUUCAGCCGAGGUGAACCGAUACCACGUAGGUUUCUGCCGCCGACGGAUUGUCUAGAAUAUUAUUCUAGUGCUGCUACGAGAGGAUAUUUGGCAGAUCCUGAGAAGAUAUCUCAGGAACGGUUGGUGUUGGCGCAAAAAUAUGGCUACGAAUUGCCGAAAAUCGAGGAUGAUCCCGACUAUGAGAUGUUGUGCGAGCGUAAGGAUCCGCGGCAACUGUUUUAUGGUUUGGAACCAGGCUGGGUAAUCAGUCUUAGAGAUAAAGCAAUACUAAAACCUAAAGCCGAAUAUCUGAAGAAAUUCUACAUGAGUUGAAGCGAAAAAUGAAGAGACAUAAAAAUAAUGAUAUGAAUAGAUUAGAUAUAAUAAACAAUACUUAUAU